AAUUAAAUGAACAGAGUUGAGGUGGACAUUUUAAACAGACAGAAUCGAUGAUCUACAAUACAUAAUAUCUAUAAAUCUUUAAAGAAUCACUAAUAAAUACUAAAGCAGGAGUUUGUGUUUAGUUAUCUGAUGGGAUUUUGAAUCAGAGUCUGUGCAGAUCAAACUGUUGAGAUCCAUCAUGGAUGAAACACAAACAUCUGGAGAUGAAGAUCUGUUUCCAGCACACAGAUCAGUUCAUCAGAAGAGAUCAGAAGCAGAGUCCAGCUGUGUGUCUGUGAAGAGUGACAGGUCUAUGCCUGAACCAGUAAACUUUAACAGUGGAGAUACACAACCUGUUCUCAGAUCAGUUCAUCAGAAGAGAUCAGAAGCAGAGUUCAGCUGUGUGUCUGUGAAGAGUGACACGUCUAUGCCUGAACCAGUAAACUUUAACAGUGGAGAUACACAACCUGAUCUCAGUUCAGUUCAUCAGAAGAGAUCAGAAGAGUCCAGCUGUGUGUCUAUGAAGAGUGAUGCGUCUAUGAUUCAGCCAAUAAUGUUUAACAGUGGAGAUUCACAGCCUGAUCGCAGCACUGAAGUCCUCAACAUGUUUAGAUCAAAUCUGCUGAAGAAGUUUGCGUGUCUGUAUGAGGGAACAGCGACUCAAAGAAACCCAACACUGCUGAAUGAGAUCUACACAGAGCUCUACAUCACAGAGAGUGAGAGUGGAGAGAUCAGUAAUGAACAUGAGGUGAGACAGAUUGAGACACAAUCCAGGAGAGCAGCAACAGAGGACACAGCCAUCAAAUGCACUGACAUCUUUAGACCUUUACCUGGACAAGACAAAGCCAUCAGAACUGUGCUGACAAAGGGAGUCGCUGGCAUUGGAAAAACAGUCUCUGUGCAGAAGUUCAUCCUGGACUGGGCUGAAGGGAAAGAGAAUCAGGACGUCCAGCUCAUAUUUCCACUUCCUUUCAGAGAAAUCAACCUGAUGAAGGACAAAACACUCAGUCUUUCAGAUCUUCUUCAUGUGUUUUUCCCUGAAACUAAAGAAAUUGAUAUAUCCAGUGAUGAAUAUAAAGUGUUGUUCAUCUUUGAUGGUCUGGAUGAGUGUCGUCUGUCUCUGGAUUUUCAGAGCGAUGUGAGGCUGUGUGAUGUAAGUGAAUCAGCCUCAGUGGACGUGCUGUUGAUGAACCUGAUUGUGGGGAAUCUGCUUCCCUCUGCUCUCAUCUGGAUCACCUCCAGACCAGCAGCAGCUGAUCUCAUCCCCUCUGAGUGUGUCCAUCGAGUGACAGAGGUACGAGGCUUCAGUCAGCCACAGAAGGAGGAAUACUUCAGGAAGAGAAUCAGUGAUCAGAGUCUGGCCGACAGGAUCAUCUCACACCUGAAGUCAUCAAGGAGUCUCUUCAUCAUGUGCCACAUCCCAGUCUUCUGCUGGAUCUCAGCCACUGUUCUGGAGAAGAUGUUGAGUCGAGGAAAGAGAGGAGAGAUUCCCAAGACUCUCACUCAGAUGUACACACACUUCCUGAUCCUUCAGACCAACAUCAAACAUCAGAAGGACUAUAAGAAGAAGGUCAAAGAUGAAGACAUGAUCCUCAAACUGGGGAAACUGGCUUUUCAGCAGCUUAUGAAAGGAAACCUGAUCUUCUAUGAUGAAGACCUGAGAGAGUGUGGCAUUGAUGUGAGAGAAGCAUCAGUGUACUCGGGAUUGUGCACUCAGAUCUUCAGAGAGGAGUUGGGCUUGUAUCAGGGGAAAGUCUUCUGCUUUGUUCAUCUGAGCCUUCAGGAACAUCUAGCAGCUCUGUAUGUGCACUUCUCAUUUACAGUCGAGAAGAGAAAUGUGUUUGACCAAACCAUAAAGAGACGGUUGUCCAAGAUUUUUAACCAGAAGAAAUAUAAUUCACUAUCUGAGCUGCAUCAGAGAGCUGUGGAUGAAGCAUUACAGAGUAAGAAAGGACAUCUGGAUCUUUUUCUGCGUUUUCUUCUGGGUCUUUCAGUGGAGUCCAAUCAGACUCUCUUAGGAAAACUACUGACACAGACAGGAAGCUGCUCCCACAACAAAGAGGAAACAGUUCAGUCCAUCAAGCAGAAGAUCAGAGAGAAUCGCUCUCCAGAGAAGUCCAUCCAUCUGUUUCACUGUCUGAAUGAACUGGGUGAUGAUUCACUGAUGCAGGAGAUCCAAGAUUAUCUGAAAUCUGGAGAAAUAAAACAAACCAAACUCUCCUCUUCACAGUGGUCAGCUCUGGUUUAUGUGUUGCUGACAUCAGAGCAGAAGAUGGAUGUGUUUGAUCUGAAACAGUUUAUUGGAGCACAACACACAGUAGAUGAAGUUCUUCAGAAUCUGUUACCUGUGGUUAAAGAAUCCAGAUCAGUUCGACUAUGUGGAUGUAAUCUCACUGCUCAGUCCUGUGAAAGUUUAUCUUCAGCUCUACAAUCCUCAAACUCUGUCCUGAGAGAACUGGACCUGAGUAACAAUGACUUGCAGGAUUCUGGAGUGAAGCUUCUUUCUGAUGGACUGAAGAGUUCACACUGUCAGCUUGAGAUACUGAGAAUGUCUGGCUGUAUGGUGACAGAGAAAGGAUGUCGCUAUGUGUCUUCAGCUCUGAGUUCAAACACCUCACACCUAAGAGAACUGGAUCUGAGCUACAAUCACCCAGGAGAUUCAGGAGUCAAGUUGCUUUCUGAAAAACUUCAGGAUCCAAUCUGCUCAUUGGACAAACUGAACGUGGAUCACGGAGGAGAAUCCAGGAUUACAGCAGGACUAAAGAAAUUAUCUUCUGCUCUCAGCCCAGUUCUUCUUCUCAGAGGAAAAGAAGUAAAGAGUUGAUUGAUGACACUUCAGUCCAUCUAUAAACACAGAUAAGACAUCCCUAGUGAAAUAUAAAUACACUAAAAUGUAUUUGAAAUACAUUUAUUUCAUAAUAAGUAUACUACAAAUACGUUUAUAUAGUUAUUUACUUAAUAAAAAUACACUGCAA